GAACCGCUGCACUCAUUUAUGAUAUUCAGAUGGCUUAUUCGAAAGCUGCCUUCAACUCGUUAUGGACGUAAGCAGAGUGUAAACACAUUAAAAAUAAGAUCCAGGAGUUCCUGCUGUAGCGUCUCUGCAGUGCCAGAAGAUCUUCAGAAACGAAAGAGCAGAGAAGGACUCCCAUCCACCAGCUGGACGCCUUCCUCCCAUCGCCAGCCCCCACAGCCUGGCUGCUCUUGCCCCGGAAAGGCCUGGAGGAAGAGGCCAGGGAAACAGCCCUGCCCACUCUCCCCUGACCCUCCAUCCAUCCAGCACCGCCGUCUGAAGAUCCAUGGCCCAGGCGUGCUGGGGCUGCUACCCCUGGCUUGUUCUCAUCUGUGCUUGUGCCUGGGGCCACCCAAAGUCACUCAACCAGAGAGAGGAUGUGCGGAACUGUUCGACCAGCCCUCCGUACCUUCCAGUUACUGCGGUCAAUACCACAGCACAGCUCACAGCCCUCCGCGAGCAGAUGCUCACCCAGAAUCUCUCUGCCUACAUCAUCCCGGACACGGAUGCCCACAUGAGCGAGUACAUCGGUGAAUGUGACCAGAGGCGUGCCUGGAUUACGGGCUUUAUCGGGUCUGCAGGAAUCGCGGUGGUGACCGAGAGGAAAGCGGCUCUCUGGACCGACAGCCGCUACUGGACCCAGGCUGAGCGGCAGAUGGACUGCAACUGGGAGCUCCACAAGGAAGUUGGCACCGGUCACAUUGUCACCUGGCUUCUCACCGAGAUUCCUGUUGGAGGGCGUGUGGGCUUUGACCCCUUCCUCUUCUCCAUCGACUCCUGGGAGAGUUAUGACGUGGCCCUGCAAGAUGCUGACAGAGAGCUGGUGUCCAUCACCGUCAACCUUGUGGACCUGGUGUGGGGGUCAGAGAGGCCACACCUGCCAAGUGCGCCCAUUUAUGCCCUGCAGGAGGCGUUCGCAGGGAGCACCUGGCAGGAGAAAGUAUCUAACAUCCGCAGCCAGAUGCAGAAGCAUCACGAGAGGCCAACUGCCGUGCUUCUGUCCGCCCUUGAUGAGACGGCCUGGCUCUUCAACCUUCGAAGCAGUGACAUCCCUUAUAACCCCUUCUUCUAUUCCUACACGCUGCUCACCGACUCCUCCAUCAGGUUAUUUGCAAAUAAGAGUCGCUUUAGCUCCGAGACCCUGCAAUACCUGAACUCUGGCUGCAACAGUUCCAUGUGUGUGCAACUCGAAGAUUACAGCCAAAUCCGCAACAGCAUCCAGGCUUACACCUCAGGAGACGUGAAGAUCUGGAUUGGGACCAGUUACACCUCGUAUGGACUCUAUGAAGUGAUACCCAAGGAGAAACUCGUAGAAGACGACUACUCCCCGGUGAUGAUAACCAAGGCAGUGAAAAACAGCAAGGAGCAGGCCCUCCUCAAGGCCAGCCACGUGCGGGAUGCGGUGGCUGUGAUCCGCUACUUGGCCUGGCUGGAGAAGAACGUGCCCACAGGCACCGUGGAUGAGUUCUCGGGUGCAAAGCGGGUGGAGGAGUUCCGCGGAGAGGAGGAGUUGUUCUCUGGACCCAGUUUUGAAACCAUCUCUGCUAGUGGCCUGAAUGCUGCCCUGGCCCACUACAGCCCGACCAAGGAGCUGCACCGCAAGCUGAGCCCAGACGAGAUGUACCUGCUGGAUUCUGGGGGGCAAUACUGGGACGGAACAACAGACAUCACCCGAACAGUCCACUGGGGCACCCCCUCUGCUUUCCAAAAGGAGGCAUAUACUCGCGUCUUGAUAGGAAAUAUCGAUCUGUCCAGACUCGUCUUCCCUGCUGCUACGUCAGGGCGAGUAGUGGAGGCCUUUGCCCGCAAAGCCUUGUGGGAUGUUGGGCUCAAUUAUGGUCACGGGACAGGCCACGGCAUCGGCAACUUCCUAUGUGUGCACGAGUGGCCAGUGGGAUUCCAGUAUAGCAACAUUCCCAUGGCCGAAGGCAUGUUCACUUCCAUCGAACCUGGUUACUAUCAGGAUGGAGAAUUUGGGAUCCGUCUUGAAGAUGUGGCCCUUGUGGUAGAAGCAAAGACCAAGUACCCAGGGACCUACCUGACCUUUGAAGUGGUAUCCUUGGUGCCCUAUGACCGGAAACUCAUCGAUGUCAGCUUGUUGUCCCCAGAGCAGCUCCAGUACCUGAACCGCUAUUACCAGGCCAUCCGCGAGAAGGUGGGCCCGGAGCUGCAGCGGCGCGGGCUGCUGGAGGAGCUCUCCUGGCUGCAGCGGCACACGGAGCCCCUGUCCGCCAGGGCUGCACCCACCACCUCCUUGGCCUCUCUGAUGACAGUCUCUGCUCUUGCCAUCCUCGGCUGGAGUGUCUAGCGGCUCAAGAUUCCCCUCCUCACCCUUUUGCUCGCUUAGCUCCCCUACCUUGCACCACCCAUGCCCCAAGAGCCCCUCCCAGCCCAUUGCCUGGAAACCACGGCCCUCGGCCUCCUUCUCCAUGAACAAGCCCCUUGGCCACAGGCAGCGCCCCCUCUGGGCUUGGACAUUUCACCAUCUGCUCUCAUCCCCCAGUGCCAGGAUACAAAACCCAGCCGGUCCCUCUUAACGUGGUGGUCUGUUUCCCCUCCCCCAAAAAAGGACCAAAAUAAGGCGCCUAUCCCCAGGGGCUCCGUGGCCCUGGGAGAGUGUCACCCCAUCACCACCUGCGGAGAUAGCCAGACCCACACUGGCUCCUGACUUGUUGGUCUUCCCCUACCCUUGAGGCUGCCUCUGACCAUCUGCACUCUCCCUGGCCCUACAGUGGCCUCCUGGCUGCAGCCCACAGGCUGAAGGAGCCAGGGCUGCUUCCAGACUCCCUGCUGUGUCUGUAGAGGGAGAGGAAGGGAAGGUGGCUGAAUCCUCUGGGCAUUACGGCCAGCCCAGGGUCAGGGAGACCAGUCAGGUCACAGACACCAGCGCCCGCCCCCCCAUUCACCCAUGUGUGAGCCCAUCAUUUCUAAACCCUGGGAGGGCUCCACGCCAGUUGACAGCCUAGGGAGUUAAGCCAUAGGAAUUUGGCCAUGGGGUAGGAGGGACCACAAGGAGCACUCUGAAAUAUGUCCCUACCCAAAAUGGAAGACAACCUGAGAGGCAGUGCCCAAUCACUAUCCCAGAUGUCUUGGGGGCGCCGUACACGCGGGUAGCCCUUUGAAUUUUCCAAAGUUCAACCACAGCGACAAUGCUGCUCAAUCCUCCAGCAUCCUUAGAUGACCUUUAACCUGUUUGGGCAGAAUCUGGUUUCCCUACUUCACAGGAGAACUGAACUCCAGAUGGGAUGGGACCUGCCCAAGGUCACACCAUGUUUGCUUGGGACCUGUCGGGUGGCCAGUCCAGCUCUUUUGUCCUUUGGCACCAUGCGGAGUCCCUUCCCCUACCUCCCAGCCCCUCAGCUGAGCCUGCUGCUGGGGGCAGGGGGACAGGGAGGGGGAGGGAGUUUUCUCUGGCCGGCGGCCCAGCCGUUAGCCACCUGGGCUCACUUCCUGCUAAAUGCUUAAAACAGCCUGACAACGAA